GAAAAACAAGAAGAAGAAGAAGCAGAAGAAGAAGAGGACCGCCUUCCUGCUGCAUGGAGGAGAGAGCAGGUUCUUCCUCCUCCUGCUGUUUCUGUGCUGACCUCCACCCUGACGGUCCAGCAUCUGACCUCUGACCUCUCCUCACCGGCAACAUGGAUGUGAAGCGUUUUGGCGGUGCUCUCUGCAGGAUCCCUGACACCUAGACUCUCCGGACCGCCUCCCGCUCGCCUCCACAUCCUCUCCCGACCUCUGGGCUGACGGCGUCCACCAUGUCGGAGGGGCUACUGCAGGUGGAGAUCCCGGACUUCGGCGGCAGCGUUCUGGUCAGCCUGAACCAGCAGCGUCUGCGCGGUCAGUACUGCGACGUGUCCGUCCUCGUGCAGGGUCAGGCCUUCAAGGCCCACCGCGCCGUGCUGGCCGCCUCCUCGCUGUACUUCAGAGACCUCUUCAGCUCCGACUCCUCCGCCUCUUCCUCCUCCUCUUCCUCCUCCCCCGCCGUGUUCGAGCUGCCCUCCUCCGUCACCCCCACCUGUUUCCAGCAGAUCCUGUCCUUCUGCUACACCGGGCGGCUCAGCAUGGCGGCCAGCGAGCAGCUGGUGCUGAUGUACACGGCCGGGUACCUGCAGAUCCAGAACAUCGUGGAGCGGGGCAUGGAGCUGAUGAUGAUGAAGGCUUCCUCUUCGCCGCUCUGCUGCGACUCUCAGACCACCUCAACAGACGAGCUCGGGGGAUUCGACGCCCCCCCCCUGCAGGAGGAUCAGCAGGGCCUCAGCCCAGAGGAGCUGAUCCUCGCCGUCAGUCGCAUCAAACAGGAGAGGGCCGACACACCUCCAGCUGGGGAGGGGGGGGGCAGCGAGGGCCGGAGAGGAGUCCAGGGGGGGGCAGGUGAGGAAGCCAGAGGAGAAACCCCCAGGGACCUGCACUCCACCAGGAGCAGCGCCCUGUGUUACCUGGGGGCAGCAGCUGGAGGUCUGGUCCCGGGGCUGCAGUCGUACCUUUUGGCCAGCGGGGGACGCUGCAGUCCGGGAGGCUCCAGCCUCCCCACAGACUCCCCCCCCUCUCACCCCCCCACCGAGGAGGACCUGGAGGAGGAUUACUACGGGAACACCGUCAACUCCGGACUCUACCAACACGUCUACGGACAUCCUGGAAACCCCUACAUCCAGGAGAAGAUGGAGAUGCUAUCCCUCCCAUUGGCUAACGAGCGGCGGCCCUGCGUGCUGGUUGGUCGGGACAACAUGGCACUGCCGGCCAGUCUGAUCAGUCAGAUCGGGUUCCGCUGCCACCCGUCACUCUACACCGAGGGGGACCCGGGGGAGAAGGUGGAGCUGGUGGCAGGUUCAGGUGUGUUCAUGACUCGAGGGCAGCUGAUGAACUGUCACCUGUGUGCUGGAGUCAAACACAAAGUGCUGCUCCGCAGGCUGCUGGCUACCUUCUUCGACAGAAACACUCUGGCCAAUAGCUGCGGGACAGGAAUCCGCUCCUCGACCAAUGAUCCGACCCGAAAACCUCUGGACAACCGGAUCCUAAACACUGUGAAACUGUACUGUCAGAACUUCGCCCCUCACUUUAAGGAGAGCGAGAUGAACGUCAUCGCGGCGGACAUGUGCACCAACGCCCGGCGGGUCCGUAAACGCUGGCUUCCAAAGAUCCAGUCCCUGCUCCCCGACAGCCUCCCCCGCAGGGCCCGGAGGGGGGGGGGUCCAGGGGGAGAGAGGGGGGAGGGGGUCUCCAUGGAGCUGGACCUCCGACAGCUCUCCUACCUGGAGGGGGGGGAGAGGGAGGCGCCUCACCUGCAGUUUGCCGGGUCAGGUGGGGGAGGGGAGAGGCUACAGACUGAACCCCCUCCUGACCCCCCCCUCUCCUCCUCUUCCUGCUCCUCCUCAUCCUCACAUCCCUCGCCGCAGCCUGCAGAGCCCGCCCCUCCUCACAGGGGAUUGGCCGACACAGAAGAGAGGGGGGCGGAGCCUCUGGAAGAUAGCCAAUAAGCUUUCUA